AGGGUCUCUCACAAUACCCAGAACUUUCUCCCAAUAAAUACAGAUAUUAGAGUAGGGGAGGAAGGUGGAUUUACUGGAAGCUGAGAUGAGGAUGGAGGGACGGGAGAUCCCAGAGUGGGUAUCUUACUCUGGAGAACCCCUUGAGAUGUAUCCAUCAGCAACUACUAUGGGACCACUGACACCACUCAACUCAUACAUGACCCUCAGCCCUGUGGCCCCACCAGCCUCUGGCCCAUACCCAGCUUCCUCCAUACCUACGGCAGCCUCAGGACUGGCCUAUCAGUCCUACACCAGUCCUAGCCAACCAAGGGAGACUGCAAAAAGGUACGAGCGGAGGUAUGCAGCUCACUCCAAACCCCCAUACUCCUACAUUUCCCUCAUUACCAUGGCUAUACAGCAGGCCCCGGGAAAGAUGCUCACGCUCAACGAGAUCUACCAGUGGAUCAUGGAUCUCUUCCCCUACUACCGCCAAAACCAGCAGAGAUGGCAGAACUCUAUACGGCAUUCCCUUUCUUUCAAUGACUGCUUUGUGAGAGUUUCCAGGGCCCCAGACAGGCCAGGCAAAGGCUCAUUCUGGGCCUUGCAUCCAAACUCAGGAGACAUGUUUGAGAAUGGCUGCUAUCUAAGGAGGCAGAAGAGAUUCAAGUUGGCUUUAAAGCAAAAAGCAGCUACUCAAACCCCCAAAGAAACAUCAGGGACUCCGGUCUCAGAGAAAGUGGAGUCACUGGUGGAGGGGAAGGAGGAACACGGAGAAUGUCACACAUCUUUGCUGGAGGACGGGGAGCAUGGGAGGGGGACAGGAGCUUAUUUCAUGGAAUUAACCCCUGAAGAAAUUGGACAGAACUCUCACUAUGACUUUAACCACCCAUUUUCCAUUAGUAGCCUGAUGAAUGUUGGGGAGCCCAAUGGCAUGGGCUACAGGGUCCCGGACACUGCAGGGGAUGUCUCAGCUUUUUACCAGGGACUGUACACCAGAUCCCUACUGAACACCUCAUAGUCUGGGUGGGUGGAGGAGACAGAGACCUGUGAGUGAUCUUCCAGUUAUCAGGGCUGGAGCUACCUUUAGGCAGUUGCCUAGGGUGCCAAUGGUUGGGGGGCACCUAAAACAUAACAUAAUGGCACUCAUCCAGUGCUUAUAAUGCCCAUGUCCACUGGCACAAUGGUAUAGCCUGGUUACAUGUGAGUCUGCUGGCUGCGGGUCACCUAUGCUGAGAGUCAGGGGUUGGGGAAUGAGGUCACAAGCCUCCCCAGGUAGAGAGCACCCAGCGCGUGUGCCAGGCCUACCCGCUGUGCUGCAGCUCGUACCCAUUUAAUGCACUAUUCUAGUUCAUAUUGUCCCAGAAAUGUACAUUAAUCACAAAGACUUGCCUUACAUUCCCCCUUUUCUCUCUUCCUAAACUAAUAAUAUGUAACAUUUAUUAUUCUGCGGAUACAUUACCACUCAUAUACAUUAUACAGGCAGUGCCCUCACCGGGGAGACCGAAACCUCGGCCGGCGGACAACCAGCUGUCACACAGGGGGAGAUGUAUCGAGCCUUGGAAAGAGAAAAAAUGGAGAAGUAGCCCAAAGCAACCAAUCAGCUUAUAGUAUAAUGUUACCGUCUGUGCUAGAUAAAUCACACAAGAGGUUGGGAGCUUUGCACAACUUCUCCACUGUCUCUCUCUCCAAGGCUCGAUACAUCUCCCCCAACGUUACACAGCAGUAUAAACUUUAUAGAACAAGUUACUGGCUGUCCAGCAAUUGCCUUAUGGGCAACGCGCUGUAACCAGAGGGCGUCACUGACAAGAAAAUGUGCUGUUUUACAUCAUGUUAUUCUCAGUUGUGUUUGGAACGGGCGUAAAUGUUCAGCAGAAUAUUAUUGUAUCUUGUAUUAAACAUGAAGCUAGAAGCAUUUGUAAGAAGCUUAUUGUACACGUGUAUAUACAUCUUCUGUCAAGUAUCAAAAAUCACCACAAUUUCCAUUAUUUUGUAAGAUCGGCGCAAACACAAUAAAAUAAACGCUAUUUGGGAAAUUCACAAAAACAGGUUUCUCUUCAUGAAACACAUUUUAAAGCUGAAAUUUAAUCAGUUCACAAAUGCUGAAAAUGAUUUAUGUGGAUGUGAGGUUAUUCCUCCAAACUUGAUGCAUGAAAAGAUUAGUGUCACCUAUAUACUAUAUGUGUUAUCAUAUAAUACAUGUUACUAAUAUCAUAGGUGUCACUCCCAUCACAUUAUCCUGGGCUUGUGGCCACAUUGGUACAGGACGGAGUCACCAUCAUCUGGGGGUACAGAUAUUUUCCCUUUUCUCAUGUUCAACUUUAAAAUAAAUCACAUUCUUUGAA